CUUAUGGGGGAGAACUUGUUUCUCUCCCAUGCGUUUUUAGGUCUCUCCCCCCACCCCGGAGCCGCCGAGCCCCAGGGCACUUGCUCCUCCUGUUGCUUCUCCUCGAUCGGCCUCGCCGUCGGCGACCGGCGGUGCUUGCGAAGUCUCUCCCACGGUGAAUCGAACGGGUGGCACUGAUGGAAGCGAUGGUUUCCAUGGAACCUGCCGCUCCGGUUGGUAGGAUUGCGACCAAGGCUGCUGAGGGAGGAAGUGAGCAGAAAAAGACUAUUUUUAGAGACAUGAGGCGUUAUUACUGUGAAUAUUGUGGAAUGUGCAGGUCAAAGAAAUCGCUUAUCAGAUGUCACAUCCUUUCCCACCAUAAGGAUGUAUUGAAAGGAGCACAGACUGACCAAGUCAGUGAAGAAAAGGAGGUGAGCAAUCAGCCACGACAUACAUGCCAGGAGUGUGGUGCAAGUUUCCGAAAACCAGCUCAUCUGAAGCAGCAUAUGCAGAGCCACUCUCUUGAGAGGCCCUUUUCAUGCCCAUUGGACGAUUGUCAUUUGAGCUACAGAAGGAAGGAUCAUUUGACUCGCCAUUUACUUCAGCACCAAAGAAAACUUUUUGCCUGCCCUGUGGAGAAUUGCAAUCGUAGGUUUGCAAUUAAGUCUAACAUGGGUAGGCAUGUGAAAGAAAUUCAUGAAGAUGUGUCUCCUUGUGAAGGUGAAAAGCAAUAUAUAUGUCAGGAAGCUGGGUGUGGAAAGGCAUUCAAAUAUGCAUCAAAGCUGCAGAAGCAUGAGGAUACACAUGUCAAAUUGGAUUGUGUGGAGAUUGUUUGUUCUGAAUCUGGAUGUAUGAAAACGUUCACAAAUGCUGAAUGCCUUAAAGCUCAUAUACAGUCUUGGCAUCAAUAUGUUCAAUGUGAGGUCUGUGGCACUCAAUAUCUGAAGAAAAACUUAAAGCGACACCAAUGUAUGCAUGAAGGGGGUAGCAUGAUGGAGAGAAUAAAAUGUAGCUUCAAAGGUUGCCAAUACACAUUUUCAAAUAGAUCAAAUCUUAAUCAGCAUAUCAAGGCCAUCCAUCAAGAGCUUCGGCCAUUUGCAUGUCGAAUCCCUGGAUGUGGGAAGAGGUUCCCUUAUAGGCAUGUGAGGGAUAAGCACGAGAAAUCUGGUGUACAUGUUUAUGUUCAAGGUGACUUCAUCGAGGCUGACGAGCAGCGGCGUGCCCGGCCAAGAGGUGGGCGAAAGAGGAAAUGUUUUUCAGUUGAGACGUUGCAGCGGAAGAGGGUAGUUACCCCUGGUCAAGCUUCUUCUCUGGAUGAUGGAACAUAUUAUAUGAGAUGGUUGCUUUCUGAUCAGCCUUGAGUGGUUAUCAGGCAGAUAAUCUAUAUACAUUGUGUGCGUGUGCAUGUGCAUAAAAGGUGUAUAUAUAUAUAUAUGCGAGUGGAAAUUUGGUUGCUUGUAAAUACUUUCUCCUGGUUCCUCAUUUCUGUCAAUAUGUAUAAUUUUGGUCUAAGACAUACAAGAUUUAAAAUUUGAAACUAUUUCAUAUUUUCAUUUUGUAGAUGAAUGUGAAAAUUAUGAUUAAGUGAAAUUGAGAGCAGUUUGGUUUGUUGCCAGUUU